UGCUGUCGCCGCCUCCCGGGGCGAUACCGCCUACAAAUAGCGCAUAUAUUGACUCCUGCGCUCAUCCUCGUGUGCAUACAUCUCUCCUCCGCCCCCCUUGAACGACAUCUGCCCGCUCGAACGACAAGCAGCUCGCCAUGUCGAAGAAUGCCACUGGAAGCCAGCCGUUUGUGGUGCCUAACUUCACCGCGAAGGAGUACUCGAGCUUCUUCUUAUCGGGCGCAUUGUGUUGCACCCUCAGCCAUGGCGCCAUGACUCCCAUCGACGUCGUCAAGACGCGCAUACAGGUCGAUCCGACGUUCAAGGGGCACGGCUUCGUAUCCGGCACGCGCCAGCUCAUCGCCAAAGAGGGCGCCUCCGCGCUCCUCACCGGCUUCGGUCCGACCGCGGUCGGAUACCUCGCGCAGGGCGGCGCGAAGUUCGCCGGGUACGAGUUCUGGAAGAAGCGAUUCGUGCAGAUCGCGGGCGACCAGGAGACGGCGGUGAAGUAUCGGACGGCGAUCUAUUUGGGGGCGUCGAGUGUGGCUGAGUUUUUCGCGGAUAUCCUUCUGACGCCCUUGGAGGCGACUCGCAUUCGUCUAGUCUCGCAGCGCGGUUAUGCCACCGGCUUGGUGUCUGGCUUUGCACGCAUCGCGAGGGAAGGAGGCGUCCGCGACCUCUACGCGGGCUUCCUACCCAUCAUCUGCAAACAAAUCCCAUACGCCAUCGGCCAGUUCACCGUGAACGAGUUCUGCCACGAAGCAGUCAACCGCGCGAUGUCCGAGGAAACCAAACGCACGCUUUCGGAUACGUCGAAAUUCGGUAUCUCGCUGUCCUGCGGUAUCAUCGCUGGCUUCGCUGCAGCCAUUCUCAGUCAGCCCGCCGACACGCUGCUCAGCCAAAUCAACAAGGGACAUGGCCCAACUGGCUCAAUGACCCACCGCCUGUACGUGCUGGGCAAAGAAGCAGGCCUCCGAGGCCUUUUCGCUGGGCUGGGACCGCGUAUGAUUAUGACCGCGGGUCUGGUGUCGUCUCAGUUCCUCAUGUACGACGCGUUUAAGACAGCCCUCGGCGCACCUCGCGGUAUAGAGAUUCAUAAGGCGCUUUAGUAAAUAGAGGAGCGACGGCCAUAUAGACCUUAGAGGGGCCGACGGACAUUCAUCUGGGCGCGCAUACGCCCUAGGACUCUUGCGACUGUAUGUACUCGUAUAGAAGUUCCUUCGUUGUUAUUUCAUCCUUCUUCGUUUUCAUUUCAUCCUUCCUUCGUUAUCAUCUCAUUUUUCCUUCGACACCCUAUCAAGCGAUCUUCUCCAGUUUCGCGUGCCCGUAGCCGAUGUCAGCUAUAGCUGCAAUCGACCCGAUGAGCGUUGA